GGUGUCCCCAUUCACCCAGACGACGACCCAGCACCGCACCAGCCAGUCUCUGGCUCAACACCAGGACAAUGCAGCGCUCCUCCCUCUCCUCCUUUCCCUCCUCUCGCUCACCUUCGGCCAUGUCACGACAUUCCAGAGGCCUCUCUCGCUCCCCCAAUCCCCCCAUCAUGGACGCCAAUCGGACCUCUGAUACGGGUUCCACCUCCAAAACCCCUUCCAGCGGCAUCUCCUCCCAACAUUCUUCGCUGUCGGCGCCGCGCAAGUACAACCCAGAUGCGCAUCCACGGAGAAAGUUGCGGUCGCAGUACCCGCGAGGGGAGGGAGAGAAUCAUGUCGAGUACAUUUUGGUAGCUUCAUUCGAUAUCGAUAAGGGGCCGAUCAUGGAGCAUCAAUACCCUGUGGCGAUCACCGGCGAUGAGCACAUGUUGGCGGAGCUGAUGCUGCCAGAUCAAGCGCAUGUUCGAAAUCAGGAUUGGACCAUAUUCUUUCUACACAAAGACACCAGCCAGGAAGAGGAGGAGGCCGAAUUGAGAGCCGAACGGCGCAAGAGGAGGCAAAGGAGGAAGGAUCGUGCCGCGGGACGGCUAGGACCGGAGGACGAACAUUCGCUGGACGAUGAGGAGAACGAAGAACUAGAUGGAGAUACCACAGCAGACGAUUCCGACAGUGAGCCCGAGGGUGGCGAAGGGCCUCCUUUGAUCUAUGUUUUGAAUUUGGUAAAUACAAAACAGGACCCAACGGCCAAACGAGGAGCAGUAGUCAAGGCAAUGGCAAUAUGCACGAGACAUCCAUUUUUACAUAUAUAUAAGGUGAGUUGGUAUGGGUUGAAACCUAAUAACCCUGCUGACGACAGAUCAGCCCUUGUUACUGCUAGCUCUCGAAGAAUAUUUCAAGUCCCCACAUCCAGCGACGCUGGCGUUGCUGUACGAUGCGGUCAACACUAUGGAUUUGUCACUGAUGCCCAGAUUAAGUGUUUUGGAGAGAUACCUCCUUCAAUCCUCAGACAACAAGGAUCUUUUCGUGGAGAAAUUUGAGCAAAUGAUUCAAAUGCGGAUGGCUGAGGAUAGAGGCGAGGCCCCAGAUGACAUACUGGCAGAGAGCCCAGAACGUCGAAUGGAUCUUACACGAAACGGUACCAAAGCGCAUGUUGUGGCGCAUUCUCAGUACUCUGUUCCUCGAGAUACCCACGAAUUUGAGACCAAGGUGAUGUAUAAUGGGAUUCCAAUUCCUAUCAAGGUACCUGUUGCGGUCUCUCCCGAAACAGUUGGGGACUUCUCACUUAUUAAACUCAUUCAAACUUUUGCUGAACCACACGCAAAAUCGCCUCAACCUUUUGCACUUCACGGGCAUCUUACUACUAGCGGAGCCAGUACCCAUCCUAUCAUUGUAUUAGUCAACGCAAUGUUGACGCAAAAGCGUGUAAUAUUUCUCGGUCAUAACAGACCUUCUGGUGAAGUUGCAGAGGCAGUACUAGCAGCUUGUGCGUUGGCAUCAGGGGGUAUCCUUCGCGGUUUCACACGACAUGCUUUCCCUUAUACUGAUCUCAGUAAAAUCGACGAUCUUCUGAAGGUUCCUGGGUUUAUUGCAGGAGUCACAAACCCAACGUUUGAGAAUCACCCUGAAUGGUGGGAUGUUCUUUGUGAUUUGCCCACUGGUCGUAUGAAGAUUAGUAGUAGGAUUGAACCGGCUCCGUUAACAGAGGGUAUGGCCAAUUUCAUGCAACAAAACCCGGCUUACGCGAAUGUUGCCAACGCAGCUUCGACAAACAUGCCAGUAGUAGGUGAUCCAACUGGCGAUCAAGCUUUCAUACUGGAUGUUUUACGUAGCAUAGCCGCCCGUCAUGGGGAGGGAGUCAUCCGCACAAAGUGGCGAGACUGGGUGGAGAAGUUUACUCGUAUCUCGGCUGCGUUUGAAGAGGGUUUGUAUGGGGCUAGUGCGUUGUAUAUUGGAGUCGAAGAAGUGGAACCAGGAAACGUCAAUAUCAGUGGACACGGAUACGUGUGGGCUGAUGAUGCGUCAAGGCUAAAAGAGAUGGCUGGCGGUGUGAACCGAAUUGAAGGCUGGAGAAAUACCAGAAGUUAUUACAGUUUCAAACAGGUACGUUGAUUGAGGAACUUCCUUUACGUAAUUUGUUACUGACAUUAUGACAGGACCUCGCCCAGCUGUACAACUCCCGGCCUCUCAAGUCGCUUGAUCUACAUCAUUUGCAUGAUAAACUUCAACGGACCAAAUUAAGUGUCUCUGCAAGUCGAGAAAUCUAUAUCGCCCUCUCCAAAUACACACAUUCAUACGAUGAAAUUUGUCAACUUCUUACAGUUGCUCCAGAAGCACAUGCUGGCCUAUUCUACAUUGCCCUAGGUCUUUUCCAUAAGGACCAAGAUGUACGCAUCAAAGUUGUUGAUCUAUUGGAAAGAAUCAGUGAACACGAAGCUGGAAGACACUGGUGGAAAGGGCUGAGCCGCUUCGAAAAACUGGCUUUUUACAGAAUCAAGAGAGAAGCGGAAAAUGAGAUGAGGAUAAGGUUAGGGGAGAGAACCCGGAUGCAUCAUGAUGGACCGAAUAUGAUGGUUGAUAGAAGGAUCAGUUGAAAAAAUUUCGACUAUUGAUCUGGAAAUGACAGGAAGACCACUAUCGAGGUAUAAGAAAUGUGGCAUGCCGCGAGACGAAGUUAUGAGGCUAUGAUUUUUGGUACCGCGGAGCCGCGUAUUUUGUUGUCGAGUAGCAUUGGAACUGCUAGGCUUUGAGACAGGAUUGGACUGCUUGCAAGAGAUACCCGUCACGCGCGCGAGCGAGAAAAAGAGAGAGGGAGAGAGAAAGAUCCGACCAACAUUUGUAAGCUGCAAGAGAUUUAAGGUUACCUUAGGGUAGAGGAAGCGAAAGAGGAAACGGAAGAGAGGAAACAGGCCCUCAUCCACUGAAGAUUUAUGAUGGUGUUUACAUUAUUUGAGCAGCACUGAGCAGGUUCAUGUACUAUCAACAGAUCGAGUCACCUAUUAUUAUAGCUUAUAGUUUUAGCUGCCAAAGUUUUUCUUUUGGAAGUUUGUCGCUUCUGUAAGAGUCAGUUUUGACGGUAUUUGGACUGAGAAAAGAAGGAAUACCUUACUAUGCAAACAGAUACUUGGCCGCAUGCUCAACGUGAUCCCUGGCAAAAGUCGAGAUGAAAAAGUAC